CCUUUCUCUAGUCUUCGGGACAUAACAACUUCCGGUCGCGUGAGCUUUGCUUCCGGUUGAUGCUCUUCCUGUGUUUUUCCCCCUCCUCCCUCCCUCCCCCCUCCCUCCCUCACAGUAGUGUCAAACUUAGACUCGAGAAAGGAAAACUCAAAAAUCUUUUGUUGUUUUGAGGAGCGUAGAAAAAAUAUAUAUAUUAGGAUUGGCAGAAGACUUCUGGUUUUCUCCAUGCGUUCUCCUUAACUCACGAUGCACCCAGAUUUGUCUCCUCAUUUGCAUAGUGAAGAAUGCAACGUGGUCAUUCGUCUGCUCAAGGAGUGCCACAAAGAGCACUCCUUCUUGAGAUUUUUUGGUCAUUGCAAUGACCUCGACAGAGAAAUGAGGCAAUGCUUAAAGAAAGAGUACCAAGAAAACAGAGCCAAGAGCCGAGUGCAUUCAGAAAAUUUGAGACAGAAGCUGCAGAAGAAUCCAGAACACUAAAGGAACCUCUGAACUGACUGUUGUAACUCAUGGAGGAGAGCUAAAGGAGUGUGCUGCUUCCCAUGCCUUUUGGGUGCGUGAAUCAAGGAAACAAUGGAAUACAGAGCAGUUGUCAUGAGAGACAUAUAUGGCUGGCAAGUGGUAGAUCUUGAUGCAUUUAAAUUAUUUGGUGCAAAGAAGAGGGCAAAGUGGUGGAUGUUUGUGAUCCCCAACGCUUCAGCCUCCCAAAUCUCCAUAUGUUUGGAGACCUUUUGGAAUAGCAGUUCAUCUUUCAAAUAAGCGUAAUAAAGUGUUUAAUAUUUUUAAAAUAAAUGAUUUUCAAAAUCUGGAAAAAAAGUAUGACCAGCGCUGUUCUGUUUUUUUUUUUCUCUCUGCAAUUUUUGUGGUCCCAGAGAUAAAGAAUUAACCUCUGAAUCUGCCACUGCUUUUGUAGCAUUAUGAAAAUAAAGGUUCUGUUAUCUAAAGGAA